UAUUUUUAUUAAUAUAUAUUUAUUAUAUAAAUAUAUAUAUUUCUAUUAGAAAGAAUUUAUCAACUUAACUGGAGCUAAUCAUCUGUUUUGAUUAGUUCCAAUUAGACAUUACAUAAGGCAAUAAAUGUAAAAGAAUAAAAUUAUUUUUAACAGAUUAUUGACUGCAUUUCUAACAAGUGUUUGAAAUGAAGAUUUGUCUUUAAGUUAUAAAAUAAAUUUAUAACGCGGACAAACGAUUUAUUUUAUUUUUAUAUUUGGUCCAUUGUUUUCGCUUUAAAUUUACCUUGCACAUAUCAUUUCAAAGGAAUUACUUAUUAACAUGGUAGUUAUUAUAUAUAGCCCUGUGCACGUAGUAUUAAAUUAUAAUUAGUACUAAUCGUCACUGUCUAAGAUUGACACUAUUAUAUAUAUAUAUAUGUAUGUAUAUAUAAACAUCAAGUGAUAUUUAAAUGUUGAAGAUAAGUCACGCGUAUGCAACAGCUGUGAUGAGCCUUUCUGCUGAUUCCUUGCAUUUCAUUCGUUCAUGAUUCACAUGGAAGAAGUCAUUCGGGCUUCUCUCAUGUCAGUACGAUGCCAGUCAACGCAUGUAACUAUCAACGCGUGCACACGCGAGUUCUGAACUACAGUUGGCGUCGAAAGUGGGCCGUUUUGAUUGUGUUGACUUCAUGUGCAAUUAUUAUUUUAUUUUUCAUAAAAUAUCCGACUGUUCACGAGGCAAACAUUAUAAAACAUGACACAUAUCUGGACGAUGUACCCGAAGAUCUUUACAAAACUGUGUUGCGGACUUGGUAUAAUUUUUCUGCCGGUGAAAAGUGGUACAACGGGAAAAAUAUAUCCGCACUAAAUCCAGAAAAUUAUCAUACUUUAUUGACGGAUAUUCGGCAGAAUUGGAUAAUAUGGAAUUAUAAUUCGAAUAAGUCAUAUAUUCUUCAAGAACCGGAUGUUAAAGAUCCAUCGAUGGGACAAUCAACUAUGAUACGCGAAAUUUUCAAUGAUAAGAAAAAUGGAUUUUUCAUAGAAUGUGGUGCGUACGACGGGGAAACUCGUAGCAAUACGUUGUUCCUGGAGAAAUUUAAUGGAUGGUCGGGUCUUCUAAUAGAGGCGGAUCCUAUCAAUUUUACAAAAAUGCUUCAGAAAAACAGGCGAGCUUAUCUCUCGCCGACGUGUCUCAGCAUUAUUAAGAACCCCAUAGUGGCGUCUUUUCUCAUGGCGAGGAAUGUCGGGCGUCUGCAUGAACCCCUGAAUACAACGGAAGAUGUACCCGCGAAUACGCUCGACGUGGCUUACACGGGCGAGCACAUCCGCGUGCAAUGCUUGCCAUUGAUACUUUACAUCGCGGCCUUGGAAAUCAAGACAAUCGAUUAUUUAAGUCUCGACGUCGAAGGCAAUGAGAUCGACGUGUUAGAAACAAUUCCGUUUAACGAGGUGGAUAUAAAGACCCUGUCUGUGGAAUACAUACACAAUCCGAAAGGACGAAAGUAUCUAGUCGAUAUGAUGGAACAAAGGGGAUAUUAUGUUUAUAGUUUUGUGGAACAAUCAGAUAACUUGGCAAAUGAUAUCAUUUUUGUAAAACGCGAUAUGUGACAAAUGAGCCUGAAUUGAUGAAGUGGAAUUAUGCAAUUUCUAGAGUCUAUUCCUUUAAGUAAAAAAAUUAUUUCUUCCUGGAUAUUAUUUAAUUUUUUACGUUCUAGUUAUAGUUGCAAUUAUGGGUUAUUUCUCACGAAGCAAAGGCAUAUCGUAUAAAUAAGCGAAUAAGUACCUUAGAUUUUAGAUUGAUAGAUUGUUAAUAAAAAUAUGUCUAAUUGUGUAAGAUAUUUACAAAAAUCAUAUA